AUGUCGGGUCUAGUCAAUUUUAAUAUUCAUGCUCAGCAGCUACCACUUCAGCUUCAGCAACAAAUUGUACAGCAGAGCUCCCCCAUGAUGACACUUCCAGGAAAUCUGCCUCUUCCAGCUCAAUCUUCAAAUUUAGGAAUCAACCACGCUUCCUCAGGGACCAGCAGUAACAGUAAUAUUAACCACAAUCCAGAUUCUAAUCUCAGUGCUGCUAGUUAUGGAUCUCAACCUAGUGACAAAGAAUUAGAUACUCCUGAGAAACAUCACAGAAGUACAGGCGAAAGAAAACGGAAAAGGAAAGAUGAUGGUUCAAAGUCUGCACGAGAAAGUGCCAAGAAAAUAAAUGAUUAUUUUAAGGGUCAUAGCCCUAGUCGGUAUGCUGGUUCUAAGUCUCCUACACCUCAGAGUUAUAUGUAUGCUCCAGUGCAGACAAACAUGAGCUCUCCAUCAAAUACACCCCUCAGUACUGGUCUAGACUAUUCAAGCUUGAUGGCACCUCCUGUCUGUCCAUCACAUGCUGUUUAUCGGUCUGUCCAAACUGAUCUUACUAUUAACAAAAUCAAAGAGCUUGAGAGCAAAUCUGCUUUAGACCUAGAAAUGCGAGAUAACCGAAUAGAAGAACUUCAAAGGGCAAAUGAAGAAUUAAAAAGGCAGCUUACAACCCAACAGAAGUUAAAUGAGAAAACAAAAGAACAGCUACAAAGAUGUCAUGAUGUUACUAAACAGUUACUUAUAGAAAAGUCACUGAUGGAAAAGAAGGCAUCCCGUCAAAAAUGUAUGCAGAACAGGCUUAGGUUAGGCCAGUUUAUCACACAGAGGCAAGGAGCUUCAUUUGCUGAAAAUUGGGUUGAUGGAUUUGCUUUCACAGAACUAAUAAAGAAACAGGAACAAAUAGCUUUAGAAAGGGAAGAAAUAGAAAAACAGCGUAAGUUAUUAGGCAAGAAGAAACCAAAUGCAAAUCAGCCCAAAGGUCGAGCAAAUGUGAACUCAUCCUUAGCAAAUGGUGAUUUUGUGCGACCUGACCCACCCAAAGACAGUCUCAGCUGGUCUGAGUACUAUGAACAAGAAGAAAUUUUUAAAUUAAGACAAGUCUCCUUGAAAAAAGAAGACACCGAUUUACAAUUAGAAUUAGAAAAAUUAGAAAGGGAACGAAAUCUUCAUAUUCGAGAACUAAAGCGGAUACACAAUGAAGAUCAAUCCAGGUUCAAUAACCAUCCUGUGCUACAUGACAGGUACCUUUUGCUCACUUUAUUAGGAAAAGGUGGCUUUAGUGAAGUGCAUAAGGCUUUUGAUCUUAAGGAACAGAGGUAUGUGGCUUGUAAAGUACAUCAGUUAAAUAAAGAUUGGAAAGAUGACAAGAAAGCCAACUAUAUCAAGCAUGCACUUCGAGAAUAUAAUAUUCACAAGUCACUAGAUCAUCCCCGUGUUGUAAGACUGUAUGAUGUUUUUGAAAUAGAUGCAAAUUCGUUCUGUACAGUUUUAGAAUACUGUGAUGGCCAUGAUUUAGAUUUCUACCUCAAGCAACAUAAAAAUAUUCCUGAAAGAGAAGCUCGCUGUAUUAUAAUGCAAGUUGUUCAUGCUCUUAAGUACCUGAAUGAAAUUAAACCUCCAAUUAUUCACUAUGAUCUCAAACCAGGAAAUAUCCUAUUAGGUAGUGGUGAGAUAAAAAUCACAGAUUUUGGUUUAAGUAAAAUUAUGGAUGAUGAAAAUUAUAGUCCUGAAGUGGGUAUGGAUCUUACUUCUCAAGGUGCUGGAACAUAUUGGUAUCUUCCUCCUGAGUGUUUUGUUGUAGGUAAAACUCCACCUAAAAUAUCUUCUAAAGUUGAUGUCUGGAGUGUAGGUGUUAUAUUUUACCAGUGCCUCUAUGGGAAAAAACCAUUUGGUCACAAUCAGUCACAAGCAACCAUAUUAGAAGAAAAUACCAUCCUAAAAGCAACAGAAGUGGAAUUUCCCGCCAAACCUGUAGUUAGUAUUGAGGCCAAGAAUUUCAUUCGGAGGUGCCUACAAUAUAGGAAAGAAGAUCGAAUAGAUGUUAUUUCACUCUCAAGCGAAGAUUAUUUAAAACCUAAUUACUCCAAACACAGUCGACAGUCCAGUGCCUCUCUGGACAAAACAUAGCCUUGUGUUCUAGUUACUAAGUCUCUCUUUGGAAUGUGUGUACAUAGCCUUCUGCGUUCUUGGACCACGCUGAGGGUGUUGCGGCUCAAGGUUGUCUGCUGCUUAAUCUGCAUUGUUAAAAACUGUGUCCUCACUUUUCGACAGCAAUCCCAUUUUCCGAGGAAAGUGCACACAACCUCGUGCUGAAUUCUUUGCUUCAUUCCUUGUUCCUAAAUCACUCGGAGUCUGCCAAGGAAGUUAGUGGGGGGGAAAGAUGUUGCUGUGAUAGGCUGGUGUGGUUGAAAGACUGACACAUCCACACACAUACAUUAUAAUUAUAUAUAUAUAAAUUAUAUAUAUAAAUAAGUAUAUGUAUAAAAAAAUACUGUGGACUUGAAACAAAAUGGCAAAACUGCAACAUUUUGGCUCGUAAUUGAACUUGUUUUGUUAUUUCACUGCCAGGGAAUUUCCGUUUCUGGCAGUGCUGUUGUAAGUAGUAUGUAAACUAAUAAAAGAGUAUGGUUCAGAAGUGUAAUUGUGUUUGAAUGUCUGUUGAUAGCCCGGUUGUGAAAGGUUUAGCAGUACAUGGAUUUUUGAGCCAGUGUUUGUACGUUCUGAUGAAAGCUUAACUAUUCCAUGCUUCCAGAAGUAGUUAUUAAAAAGGGCUUUCUACUACUUCCUCCUUGCAGUGCUGUUGUGUACAGUUAAGGUCAUGAUGUCAGUGAAAAUAUAAUAAUUUGUGAGUUAAAAUAUGUUCUUUGUUAAUGCAAGUGAUUAUUCCCCUCAUCAUCACAGUAAAUGAUUCGUUUUUCGCUUAUUUUUAUACUGUCAAUUGAAUAAUUGUUUCUUUUCAUUUAGAAAUGGUUCAUAUAAUGUAAUAGAAGUCUGUAUUGUUGUGUGAAACAGAGCCAAACAAAUGAACUUCAUUUUUAAAUUUCUUUUUUCAUUUUUUAAAAACAAAUAAAUUAUAGUAGAUUGUAGUAGCUUGUGAUUUCUAGUCCUUUGCAUCUGAAAUAAACUUGUAGGUACAAAAUUUAUGAUAAGUUACCAAGUAAAGACUUGUUCCUGUGUUGUACGUAGAAGAGUAAUCUGGUUAUGUAUUUUUCAAUUCCCCCCCCAAAUGUUUUCAGCAUUUAUUAAAGAUCCAGAAUGUAAAGCAAAUUUAAAUCCAUUGUUUAUUAUAUGUAACUCCAAUGCAGGAAAUAUUUCAUCAUUAGUAAAUACUUUGUAAUAUGUGGUCCAUAUAUGAGUUAUGUUUUUAAUUUUUUUAUAGUGUAUUACAGUUUCCUAAAUUGCUUAGUUAGCUGUAUGGUAUUUUGUUCAUAAUAAUUAUUAAAGUAAGUUCCAAAUUAAGCAAAAUUCAACCCUAACCA